AUGGCUACUGCAAGCGGCGACACCUGGACGCGCAACCCGCUCGCAGACGAGAAUCCAGACCYGACGCGCAAGCGACAGAGAAUCAGCGAAGAUACCGAGACGCAGACGUCACCCCUGUCAGGCAGCGGGAGCCCCGUCGUCGCAUCGCUGCCGCCAGAGGAGAGCGGCACCGGCUUCCACAACGCGAUUGAGCUGCAUGAUGAUGAUGCCGACAUGACUUCAGAUUCAUACACCAAAGGAUUCAAGCUGCAAUCAGCAGUCUCUCUAACACCGGCUGAGCAACUGCAACAUGUUUUGAGUCAGCUGCUGAACUCGCAUCACAUCGCUCCCGAUCACUUCGUGGAGCUCUCUCUCUGGCUGCGCCAACACCUGGAGACCACCAAAGGCGAGUCUCUCGCGAAAAGGCAGCACGAGUACACCCGCGAAGCCGAGUUUUUUGGCAAACUCGCGGAGCUCUCAGUCAGCAUCCUCAACCAUGGAGGUCAAGUAUUCCGUGACAUUCCAGAUGACAAGUUCGAUCGGCUCGGAUCAAGCGUCAUAUUUUUCGUCAACGACAUGGCGACGUUGGGGAUUCGAAUUGUCCCUAUUCUGCCUCUAACUAUCGACCAUGUCAUCGGGCGAAGAGAUUCCGGGCAGGCUAAAUCGAGCAGGACAGUACAACUCCUACAGUAUACACAAGUUCUGGCGCAGAUUCUGGCGUUACACGRCGUCAAAUUGGUCCAUUUCAAAGACACAUUUCACCUCAAGCCCGAGGGCACGGCACUUUCUCACAGACAGAAGCUCUUGCAGAACCCUUUGGGAAUGCCGGCUUUGACAAGCACUCUCCAGAAGCUAGGAGACCGCCACUCUGAAAUCGACGGUUCAUGGGAUGCCAUUAAUGCAAUCCUGCAAGUGAUGAAUACGCUGUGCUCAGUUGAGGGCAUGGACGCUAUCGACGACAUUGGUCGAGCAAUGGCGACAAUUCAUCAUUGUCUGCUACCUGCCGUAUGCGUGAUGAGUCCCCGAGCCAUACCCAUCGAUGUCCACGAGGUCUUGAUCAAGACGGCCUGCAGACUCCUUUCAUUUCUUCUACAACACGCAAGCCCUGACGAGUCCGCUGCGCUUUACAAACUGUACAUCGAAAGCGAUAGCGAUGCGCUACUGACAGGCAUUGCCGAGCGCUCGGUCACGAAGAGCUUGAACGCUCUGAGCAAUGGUAAAUCUGACAAUUUGAUUGGCCUAUUGAGAACAGCGUGGAAUUUGCAAGCGCUCAAGAUAUAUAUCUUCAGUGGCAUCAUGGAUGUACGCAGCUCUGGGAUUCUUCAACUGAGCACGCUGCUGUUGCAACUGUACAACACCCAUCAGACCUCCGAAGAGGGCUUCGAGCACCCGAUUCUGCAGUACGUCGGGCGUUUCAUGCGUACUAACGAGUUGACCAAAUACAUCUUCGGCCCGGAUUCCCAUGCGAGCUUGAUAAGUCACAGCCAAAACAUCAUCGGCUUCCUCGCAGCGACUUUCCUGUACACUGAUAACGAGUCGGAUCUCAUCUGGGCUGCAUGCACAACCAGUGUCGAAGCUGAGUUUGUGAAAGCGUCCUUCGGCGUAUUGACUGAACUGUGUCGGUACUUGGAUCUCGACCAUCUGCUCUAUCUGGUCAAGAAGUAUGCAAUCACGCCACCGGACAGGCUGGGGAAGGAUGCAGUUGAAACCCUUACCGAUCUCUUUCAGAAGGUGAAGCUGAAGAGCGCGAGUGCCACGGAUCAAGACCGCCGCUUGACAACAGCCUUCAUCAGCAUAGAGAUUCUUUUCAAGGCCAGAACGGCGGAGAGUACUUCUGCACUGGCACAGCUUUGUGAGACUGCACGGACUGAACUAGUUCGGUUUACCACCUCCCAAUACAGCGCAGAUGAUAGGGUCCAGAUAUACGAGCGCUGUGUUCCAAACUUGCUCGAGCCGAAUGAACGCGCAACCACCAGCAUUGAGAUUAUUCUGCUAUUCCUCGACAGUUCUACGGUUUGCCACAAGGAGCCACAAGAUUUACUCGGCAUGCUUUCAGUAGGCGCGCUCGUUGACGAAUUGAGUCACUAUGUUGACACCUGCCGCGACGACGGAGUAGGGGCGGAGGAGGCACAGAUUUCAGGCAUUCGAACCCGCAUGAACGCCAUCGUGCGGCUGCAGGCUUUGUCCGGGUCGCCAAGGAGCGAUUCGACCUGGGCAACGUUCUUCGAGUAUACCACUGGCCGGCUCGCAAGCAAUAACGCCACCAGAGACUGCGCUUGGACGAUGCUUUCGAUCAUGGAGACGUAUGCCGAUAGUGUGGGAGAUGUUGCGAGAGACCUGCUUCAGUACUCUCUCGAGGCAGCUAUCGAUCUGCCGCUGGAGUUUCUGACGCCAACACUUCUUAGUACAUUCGGAAGCACGUUGCGUCGACGUUCCGAAGGCGAGGAGUUCCAACGCGACUACUGCCUGGUGUUACAAACUCCCGCCUGGCAAAAGCUUGUUGAAACCGCAGAGAGCACUUGUCUUGCAGAAGCAAGCGACCAAGCUCGCAAAAUAGUUUGCGACGUCCUCUUCGAGUAUCCUCUUGCAUAUGCCGACAAGUCCAGAGUUGCAACCUGUCACGGCAACUUCGCGAGGGGUCAAAUCAGUCGCAUCUGCAACGACUUCCGGAGCUUCACUGGUUCACAAAGUCGAAUCGAAAGCCAGGAUAUCAUUCAAAAGAUAGAUCUAUUGGCCGAGGUCUUCCGCAGAAGUCAAUUAAGCGGAACUGCGUUCGAGGCGGAGGUGUUGUCACAAGUGGUCCUUGCGACAGAGCCAGCGACUGAUGUGUUCCACUGCAAGAUGCUGGUCUAUGGUGGCGGACGGAUCCAGCCCAAACUUCAUCGUCUACAAGUGAAGGCCACGACAAGACUGUCGGAGCUUGCGAGUGAGCUGCCAAAGAUCAGUGGUGCAGAUACAAAUCGUGUCAUCAUCGGAGGCCAGGCCUUGGACUUGGAAGCCCAGGGGGACCGGCAAAUGUCCCAGCUAGGUGUCGGGCCUCAAGCAAAAGCAUCAGGUGUGAUAGCAAUCUGCCCGAAGCAUACAUUCCAAAGUGAUAUUGGAAAAUUGUUGACACCUGCAGGCGAAGUCGAGAUGGAGCUCCUGGCGCAGUAUGACGAUCUGGAGAAGCUGCUCGAUGGACCAGAGGAAAUCGCGCAGAAGAUGUUCUCGUUCAUAACUGGCAUUCGCCCACCUGCACGCCAACGCGAUCGAGUUGUGACUGGCGAACUGACCCUCCAAGAACUAUUUCCCCCGGCCAGGACGUGGAGAGGUGCCUACACAAUUCACGUCCUCCAGACACACCUGGAAGACUACAUUAGCCUCGGUGUACUGGACCAGAGCUUUAGGCUCCACGGUAUUGACCUCCUGGUUGGCAUCAUCAUUGAUGAAACACGCUCAAUUGAGCAGAACAUGUUCGGACGCGCCAUCUCCUGCUUGUUGUCAUUCUUGCGAGAGCAACCACCGUUACUCACAGUGGACGUCAUCAUUAAGCGCCCCGAGGAGUUCGUUUCGCGCAUGGUGGAUACAUGCUACUUUUUCUUGUCCUACCACUCCGAGCUUUCGGACACCCGGCGAUCCAUCCUAGGGUCAAGCUUCAGAGCCCUGACGGAGGCUUGCCGGCAUCAAGCCUCACUGUGGCAAGCUUUCGCCGACAACACACGUGUCGUUGAACUACAUCAACAAGUUUUCAUGCAUUCCGACGAACCACUAGUCAUUGAUAUCUGUAACACGAUCAAGAACUUCUGUAACGAUCCUGGCUCGUUGGAAGGUGUGGCAGAUUUCUACACGAAUACGGGUCUGGCCAUACUCCCGAGUGUAUUGAAAUCGAAGGCUCCGUGCCAACAAUUCUUUGGCCUCAUCAACACAAUCCUCCUCGGCAACCGCAUACUCCGGAAAGACGAAUCCAGAUGCCGCGCGCUCUGCCAGACCCUGGUGUCACAUCUACAUGCUUACAAACACUCCGAAUGUGUGGAAACGCCUCUUAUCGAUCUGACAAUGGUAGGCCUACUUAGUCUCUUGAAAGGAGCCAUUGCGAUGCUUCGAGACUUCGGGAAGCCACUGGAUGUGGGCGACCUUGCGUUACAUCUAUUCGACACAAUUCUUUUUCCCCCACUGAAAGCCAUCAGCCCUCGGCCACUUGUUGAUCGCAGGUCACGCUCGAUUGCGUACUGGCUCGUCAAGGCAACAUGCGAAAGUCCCGCAGUCUAUUCAAGCCUGCUUGCUGCCGCUUCGCUGCCAAUGCACGACACGAAAAAUUCUCCCGCAGCAACAUUCCAUGGAGCAUCAAUGUGGCAGCGCCCAGCGUGGCAAUGCAGCGGACUCUCGAAUUUGGGUAUGACGUGCUAUAUGAAUUCGUUGUUGCAGCAGCUGUUUGCCAACGUCCACUUUCGCAAAUUCAUUUUCGACACACCAAUCACAGACCGAACUAAGCAGCAACUCCUCUACCAGGUCCAGUAUUUGUUCGCGCGCAUGCAAAAUGACUACACCCCUGUCAUCGAUACGAGCGAGCUGGCCAAGGUCCUCGGUAUUCAGACUGACAGCCAAGAGGACGUCCACGGCUUCUACGAGGACUUUCUAAGCCGACUGGACACGAGCAUGCCAGACGAAUCGUCCAGACGAGCCCUAGGCCGAUUUUUCUCCGGAACCUUGAUCUCACAAAUCAAAGGAGAGUGUGGCCAUGUUUCGCCCAAGACGGAGCCAUUUGUGGAUCUUCAGAUGAUUGUGAAGAACAAAGCCAACCUCCUGGACAGCUUGCAAGAGUUUGUACAAGGGGAGCCGAUGGAAGGCACAAACAGGUACAAGUGCCUCGUGUGCGAUCCCAGCAAUGGCGAGGGCCGUCUUGUCAAUGCCAUGAGAAGAUCUUGCCCCGACAGCAUGCCGGACAACCUCACCUUCUGCCUGAAGCGGUUCUCGUUUGAAUCAAUGUAUGGGUUCGAGUCCAAGGUCAAUGAUCGCUUCGAGUUUCCGCAAACGAUUGACAUGUCUCGUUGGCACCGCGCUCACCUAGACGAUCCGAAUACCACCUUUGWUGAGGACAUAUUCGAGCUCGUGGGAGUCAUUGUUCAUCAAGGCUCGCUCCAAUUGGGCCAUUACUGGUCUUACACACUUCUUCGUAACACUGGAAUUUCGAACUCUCGUACGUGGGUGAAGCUCGAGGAUCGAAUGGUAUCGACUUGCCAAGGAGGCAUUGAAGAAGUUCAGCGUGAAUGCUUCGGCGGUCUGCGCAAUAAUGGUCAGGAGCGGGCGGACAACGCAUAUGUCCUAUUCUAUCAACGCAAGGCCUGUCUUGAGGAGCCAGUCUCGCUGCCAGGACCUGUACUGGACCCCCAAUGUUCGUCUCUCCUGCCGCCCAAAGUCGACAUACCAGCUGAGCUACAGGGCAUCAUCCAGACCAACAACGCCUGGCGAAGACGGAUCGCGCAUAUCUUCGAUGACGAUUUUCACGACUACGUGAUGUGGUUGCUUGCAAAGUACGACCACUUUUCACACCCGUCUUCCCCUCGCUCAAUCUGCGACUCCCCGCAGAGUAGGGGUCAGCAGCGUCAAUCCAGCGCAGACGACUUCACGAAACGAUUGGGUGAAGUGGCGACAACUUACUUGCAGCGUGUAGCAACCUGUGACUCCGCGGCUGCCUUCAGACUGGAACGAUGCAUUGCCGCCCUCCGGCCCCUCAUGGAUGCUCAGCCGCAUUUUGCAUCUUGCAUCCUUGGUCAGAUAGCUCAUGACAAUCCCUGGUUCUGUGGAAUCGUCGUUCACACUAAUUUCGAAAUUCGUGAGAGAAUCUUGAAUCUGACGUUACUCUGCCUAAAGUAUGUACGCCAGCAUGAGGAGACGCUCUACAAGGACAUUUUCAUUCGGAUCAAGAAUGCGCAUGCCAGGGUCAAGGACAAUACGGCUCCAUUGCGCUUUGACUGGUAUCACUACCUCUCUUUUGCGGUGACACUGGCCGCGCCAGGGUCGUGGGAGACGCUUGCUGUUCUCGAUGGUGGAUAUCUAUCGUGGGCAUGGGAUAUUCUGUACACCCUGGUCACCCCAGAGAAGCAGCGAAAAUUCCCAGACCUGCUCGCAGCCAUGCAAAACGAUCCGCUCCGGGUGACUGAACUGUUUGAGUUUACUCGCUCCAUAUUAAAGAGCGCCAAUGCCAUCAUUCCCGAUGAUGACCAACACAGGAUCCCUGGCCAGGGCCAUCAGAAAACUCCUGACGGUGUCUUACUGGAGCCGAUGGAAGUUCGGUUACUUACUCAGGGGGAAGGCGAACCGAUGUGGAUGUCUUGCGCAAAGUUUGCGGAUUUUACUUGUGGCUGGAGGGACUUUGCACCAGGAAAGCUCAUGGCCGAGCUGAUGGCUCCACGCCAACCUCAAGUGCUCAGAACAGUCAUCACGGGUUUCAUUGAGAGACAUGUACGACAGGAAGACACAGUACUGGAUUCGGUCAUGCAUCUGCUCUUACAUUUCUGCGCCAAUUCCGCGGACGGAGAUGCUACUCAGGCCUUUUACGCCCUGUCCACGGCGAUUCACCAAUGGAACAGAGCCGAGCUUGGUUUCUUGCAUGUCGUUCGAGAGGCGCACAAGCUUGUACCUCUGUCGGUUGUUUCCAACACUGAGCACUGGGCUGCGAAUUACCUGACUUCCAAAGUGGGAGCCGUGCGCCUAGGCACCGAGAAGUGGUUGCGAGAGGCCAUCUUUGAACCGGAUCCGAUUUCUGACUAUCCAGACCUUGACGCCAGUCGAGURAGGCAGGUUCGCAAACUCGUGAAAUUCUGUUGUCAGCUCGUAAGGACUGCAUACGGGUCAGAGCAACCAAGGUUGAAAUACGCGAGCGUGAUGACUACUUUGCUAGGUGCAGAAGAAUACCUAAAGAAGGUCCAGGUAGCCGGAAAGGUACGAAUGCAGAGCUCUGAUGAAGCAACUCGCGCGUCCGUUAGCAGGCCACUUUCAUUUGAGCUUGCGGAGCUACAUUCGGAACUCGGGGAGCUGAAGGCAAUCCGGAAGAUUGAGCAAGAGUGGGAGGUGGGGGAGCCUCUGCCAGUCUCGCGCCGAUCUGUUGAGCUCGACUCUGAGGAGGAGACUACUGAGAGCGAAGUCUAUGAAGACUACGAAGACUGCAGUGUCUCCCCGAGGUGA